GUCGCGACGCAAGAGUACGCAGCGUACUUUGUGUUUCCGAAUCUGCUACUGGUGUGCGUCGUGGUCGCGAUCCUCUCGGGCGCGUCGCCCGUCGCGGUUGCACUGCACGUCGCUCCACAGUGCGUCCACGCGGCAAUGGACUUUACCGUCGUCUGCGAGAGCGCCGACAUUGCGAUAGGCGACAUGAACCGCUUCGGAACACUCCUCCUCCUCAUGGCGACGUGCCACAUUGUGAGCUACUCGAUCGCCAAGCGGGUGGUGGGCCCAAAACCGUCAAGCUCCGUGCACUCGCUCUUGCUCUCGCUCGGCGCGCGGUACCAUUUCAACCACACAGGUCGCAUCGUCCACGGCGUCUACUAUCUGGACCGGGCGUCUGCGGCACUCAACGGCAUUCUCACGUUCAAGCUCGAGUCGACCAUGUACGCGUUUGACAUCAAGCUCUGGCGCUUCUUUGCCGCGCCGAUACGCAGCGCCGUCGACGUUCCAGGGCUCGACCAGGCCACGUUGAAUGCGUCGUUUCCGCUGAUUGAGUAGAGCGGAUUUGUCCAAAUCCUUGGAUAUCAUUGAGACGUCACCCGAGAUGCUUGGGCAGUUGAAGUGCUCGAUCGUUAUUCAUUGUAGUAUGCAACAGGACUGCUUGUCGAGACUGCUUGCAGAGGACGGAUGAACAACGGGGACGCUUUUACGAUGGCU